GAGGGGUUACUUGUUUAAGACCUUUUAAGUGUAGAUAUUAUAUUUAUUCGCCAGUUUAUUGUAAGAGAACAACCAGAACCAUGAUGCUAGUCAGAUCAGUGAUAAUUGUGCUGUUGGGCUUAUGUACAUGCUACGGUCAAAAUGCCGAAGACUACAAUGAGGGUAACGACCAAUCUGUAGUAUCGGUGCAAAAAAGUAAAGAUGUAUCUAUACUUAAACAGAUCCACAGACACAACGAAGAUGGAUCAUACACUUACGGGUACGAGGGUUCGGACGGAUCGUUCAAGAUCGAAACCAAGACGGUGACUGGUGAAGUGACGGGCAAAUACGGUUAUGUGGACGACUCGGGCAAGUUGCGCGUCGUCGAGUACGGAGCCAACAAGUACGGUUUCCAGCCGUCGGGUGAAGGCAUAACUGUGCCAUCACCCACGCUAGUGGAGUUGCGACCAGACCAAGACGAACGGGACGAAGAACCACCGGUACCAGCCAAGAGACCGUCGUCCACCAAACCUACUACGAAACCGCUGUUCCGGAACAACAACAACAGGCCCGAAUCGGAUGUCGGGUUGUACGGAUCACAACAAAAACAACAACAACCAUUACAGUCUCAGUCGAUAUCGGUCGCUUCCGAUUUUGAUGAUGGUGAAUGGACAGCACCGCCCGCACCCCGACAACAGCAGACAGCACCGUCUCGCCGUCCGUCGGCCACGGCAACACGUCCAAACAAGUCGGUUCCUCCGGUGUCUGGUUCGUUCAUGGCCGUGCCAGUAGAGCAGUCAUCGGAAUUGGGUCCGUCCGCAUCGUACCAGUCAGUCCAGGACUUUGGUGAUAGGCGACUGACAACCGGAAACGGACGUUCGGCUCACACCUCCACCGUCGAUCACUCGUAUCAGACGUUCGAGGAACACCAAGAACCGCUAACGGAACCGCCAACGUUAAACCAGGCGGUCGCCAAACCCACGGCUAGGCGCACUGGAACUGCGUCAUCAGCGUCCAAGCCCGUGGCGUCAAAGCUGUCCAACAGCUACCGAACGGCGCCCAGGCAAAUGCGCACAAGUGGCGUUCUUGACCAACUAGCCGAACAGUACGCGCUGCCCGAGUCCCGAUCGCCUGUGUCCCACGACUUUUCGUUCGGAUCGGACUCAUGAGUAUAUCAGACAUCCAUUUCGUUAAGCGCUUGUGUAAAUAUUCAUGUAUAUUUAAUAUGACAUUUUUAUAAAAUUGAAAAUAAACAACGAUUUUAUGUGUAAUAUUA